AUGUAUUCGGUGGCUCCUGCUUCAACUGCAUCCACAACUAUGCGACUUGCGUGUGUCUUCGUGCUUGCUCUCCUAUUUGUUCUCUGUGCUUCUGAUCGUCCUAAUCUAAGCAAUCGUGCGAGACUUGUGGUGACGAAAGAAGUGUUGAAUCGGUACUUAGUCGAGACAAAAGAAGUCACUUUGCUGUACACUAUUCACAAUCUCAGUCCCAAAACCGCUAGGGAUGUGGAGAUCCAUGAUCGACUUCCUGAGUCAGACUUCACAUUUGUUCAUGGAAGUCGGUCAACCAGAUGGCCUUCCGUUCUUCCCAUGUCCAACAUAACUCACUCUGUGAUAGUUAUCCCUCGGUCUGCUGGUUAUUUCAAUUUUACUAGCGCAGAGGUGACUUACAAGGCCGGUAUGGACGGCAAAGUGACGUAUGGUUAUUCAUCUGCUCCUGGAAUGCGUCUAAUCCUAAUCCCCUCCGUCUUCAAUCGUCAAUUUUCUUCUCAUUGGGUGGAAUGGAUCUGCUUUGCAUUCAUCAUGACACCCUGUUUGGCAAUCCCAUACAUGCUUUGGCGCGCUAGUGCCUCUAAAUACAAAUAA